GCCCCUUGAGUUACGGGCGACAGGAACAGAGGUAUAUCGCUAAGUUGUCUUCGAAGUUCGAGCCCGAGGCCGCGGAUUUGGAGCCCGCUUGAACUUGAAACGACUGGUUUUGGAUCUGAAUGUGGGCUGCACUGUGACUUUGUGAGGGAGAGAGAGAGUGUGACAAUUUACAUCAGUGGGACACCAACAAAUCAGAAUGCUGAAGCGUAUUCUUUCUAAAAACUUUUGUGCUCUCCAGAAUGCUUUGGGUACAUCAUGGAAUGUCCAAGCAUCGAGAUGCCUGGGCCACACAUCUUCUACGGUGAACACAAGCAAUCCACCAAAGAGGCAAGAAACACUGAAGGUCCUUUCACCAAGCUUGUCCGCAGUUCUUGUCAACAAUCCCAGCAGUCGGCAGCAGCAAGGGACAUGUCCUGAGACCCUCGGCCGGCUUCUCUCCAGGCUGUCACUGUCACCUGAGGAAGCGGUUGCAACCAUCCAAUAUACCUUGCCGACAAGGUCGCCAGUGGCUCAAGUUGCGAUCUUAGACCCUGUUGCAAGUGUAGCAAUACCCUGGGACUGUCCAACUGCUGUUACUGAAGACUCUCUCGAUGUACCCUCUUCCCAAAGAGUGGAUGUCUUCAUCGAUGACCCUGCCACGAACCGUGGGGUCGCAAAGAAGGCUUCGAACAUUCUGCAGAAGAGGCACAGGAAGAUGAAGCGACAUCAGUACAAGAAGUGGCGCAAACGUAACCGCUUCAAGCUGCGCAUGCAGAAGCAACGGAGGCGCAAGAAACAGAAGGCAAGGUGGGAACGCCAUCUGAACAGGUUUCGGUUCGCAGAAUUGAAACCGUCGGAGGGGCAGCAAUACCUGGCAAAGAAACAAGAAAAGCUACAUUUGUACCUGAACUACCAUGGAGUGGAUGUUGAUGAUGGUAGUGCGCGUAAAGAGAUAAGUCCUGAAGAGAGCAAGAAGAGGCAAAAGAAGGGACCUAUCGGCACUUGUGUUAUAUCUUCUCAAGGGACAGGUAGUAUAACACCUAAACCACUUGUGCCAGUGGGCGUAAAGCUGUAAUGCUGAUGAGGUAUCAUUGUCGGUUGUGCGGCAUAUGCUCUGGCUUCAAUAUCUCUGCGGUCAAGAACCUACACUCACUGAAUUUAUAACUUCAGCCCUAGACCUGACACCAUACCCCUAACCAUAACCAAACCCUAAACCCAACACAAAACCAAAUACUUGAGCAUACUUUUGCUCUUGACAGACAGUGUAUGGUUGGAGAGUAAACCAUUAACUUCAUAUUGAAAAGGGGUACCAGUAUUCUCGAGUUUGUAUUGAAAUUACAAAACUUGAUUUCUGAAACAAGCAAUUAUUGUGACGUAAUUAGGGAAAUGUUAUUUACCAUGUUUUUUUCCAUUUAAUAUUGAAUGCAAAUGCAAAGGUCCACAGCAUCCAAACUGUACUGUGUUAAAAUAAAUAAAAG